AUGAACGGAAUCUCGGUCGACAUUAACCACCUCAAGAAAGGGGAGGUUAAUCUUGGGACCUCGAUUAUGGCUGUGAAAUUCAAAGAUGGUGUUGUUCUUGGAGCUGACUCUCGCACCACAACCGGGGCGUACAUUGCCAACAGGGUCACCGAUAAGUUGACCCAAAUUCACGACACAAUUUAUUGUUGUCGACUGGGUUCUGCAGCUGAUACUCAAGCAAUUGCUGAUAUUGUGAAAUAUUACCUUCAAAUUUACUCUGUCCAGUUGCCUUACGGUGAAAAACCCACCACCGAAGUUGCUGCCAAUGUAUUCCAAGAAAUGUGCUAUAACAACAAAGAUAAUCUUACUGCUGGCAUCAUUUGCGCUGGGUACGAUGAUAAAAACGGUGGAUCUGUUUACCAGAUCCCCUUGGGGGGUCUGAUCCACAAGCUGGAUUAUGCCAUAGCUGGGUCAGGGUCUACGUUCAUCUAUGGUUGGUGUAACGAAAAUUUCAAACAAGACAUGGAAAAGGACGAGACCGUGACGUUCAUCAAGACUGCUUUACUGGAGGCGAUCAAGUGGGACGGCUCUUCGGGUGGUGUGAUUCGCAUAGUUAUCUUGACCAAACUGGGUGUGGAGAGACUCAUUUUUUACCCCGAUGAAUAUCAAAAGUAA